AUGUUGAUACUUGCAGGCCCCCUAUGCUUAUUCAUUAUCCCACUCCUCUUCCAGAAAUGGCGAGCCUGGCGACUCGAUGAAUGGGUCCACGAACAACUGCGUGUGGCAGACUUCCGCUAUGCCGGAAACAUAAGGCUGGAAGAGCGUUUGCGUCUGCGGGCAACCGAGAACCGCCGGCUGAGGGCGGCAUUCGGCAUCGACAAUUCCCUGACAACAACGUCCCCCUCUGACCACAGGGCCUUCCUCAAGAGAGCCUCCUGGCUGCUGAAACGAGGGGAUCGCAGCUGGGAGCAACUGUAUAGAACCGCCGAGGACUUUCUUGGUGCCGAGGUCAGAGCUGCCGUCAAGGAAGGGAGAUACGGCCUCCAUCUCGCCGAGUCCGUACGCUGCAUGGUCCUCGCGGUGGUGCUCUUCGACAAUUUUGGCAUCGAGCCGGCGAGCAUCCCUCGUGCUCAUCUCGUCACCAUCACCAGGGAGAUCAACGAGCAGUGGCUACGCUCCAAGCGUGACCCCGUCGGCGUCGCUCCAUCGUCGCUUCUCUACUCAACCAUCGAAUCGCUAAACGUCAUGUCCCCGUUCGCGAAUACCGAGUCGGUCGUGCUGUCGGCCCCCGAGGUCCUCAGCCUGCUCAUGCCGCAGUACGAAACCCUCUGGCGCGUGGUCCUCCUCACAUUUGUCACAGCAUACCACCACCAGCCGGACGCAUACCCUGACGCCGUGCAAAGAACAGCCGACGUCCCGGCCUGCUUGGGCCACCCCGCCAAGGAGAAGGAAGCUCUCAAGCUAGCCAAGGAGGGCCUGCGACUUUACCCCUCCAACAAACACCUCUACCGCGCGGCCCCUUCGUGCCUCGCGAACCCGGAAGGGAGCACGAACCGCCGGGGCCCCGCCCGGGCAGCCGACAUCUCGGCGCUGCACCGACACCCUUCCAUCUGGGGAGGGGGCGCCGGCGGCGGCGGCGGCGCGCUGGCCUUCCGUCCCGCGCGCUUCGACGACGGCGCCCUGACCGACCUGCAGCGCCGCGCCUACGCGCCCUUCUCGCGCCCGCCGCACCGGUGUCCCGCCGCCGGGUCGUCGUCGUCGUCGUCGUCGACAGCGGCAGAAGCCGGCAAGAACUCGUUUGGCGAGCGCAUGAUCGUCGUCCUGGUCGUCGCGCUCGGGCGGGCGCUCGGGAGGGACAAGGGGAGGGUUGUCUUGGGAGAGGAGAAGGGAGGAGAGGGCGGACCUCUGCCUACGGGGAGAGACGAGAUGGAAGGGUGGGUCUGGGUGUGGUAUUAA